UAUUGGCGCGCAGCUGGAACGAGCGAGGCAGUUCAGCGACAGUUGAGUUCUUCCUUGUAAACAAAUCUUGUGACUGGGCAUGACAUGUUUCACUCCGUGUCUGGUAUGUGAAAUACUAGCCCCUUUUCUUCGCGUUUACGUUAACUCAAGUUGUCAAUGUGGAGGUAUCUGAACAUAACACACUUCUCUGCAUAAUGAUGGAGAUAUCGCACCCGGAAAAGCUGUAUCGAAAUCGCAAUCGGGUUUCCUUGUGUGGGAAUAUAAUUUUGUUCGAAGACAGUGGUGAGAGGGGUAAACUCAUAUUCUGCAGCCUUUCAUUCGAACGGGAGAAAAGCCGGUUUCUGCAGGCAGGGGCUGGAGCAGCUGUCAUUGGCAGGAAAACAGCCGCUCAAAGUGUGGAGAUUGUAAAGUGUAAAUGUGUCACUGACUUUCAGAAGAGAGUCACCUCAGCUUGUGUUUUGGUGACACAGAAGAGUGUGAAGAGGGAGCGUUUCAAGUACACUCUGCUUACACUGAACAGCUCUCACCAACUGGAAACCCGUAUUGAGUUUAAAUUGCCUUAUAAAAUAAAAGAGGAUGUGUCCAUCCUCCAGGGGCCCACAGUGUUAUGGAGCCACGCUGGCCAUUUAUACUAUACAUCUGUGCAGACAGGAGAGGUGAGACAAUUACCUGCAUGGUUCUCCAAUAGUGUUGUUGGAGAACUCCCCCUCUCAAAAGGACAAACAUUUGUUCUUCAGGUGCAAACUGAACACAACCUCACCGGAAGCCAAACCCCAGGCUAUUUUAUUCAGAGUGGACACGAGUUUGAUGGCACCAUGAUCUUACCUCAGCCCUACGUUUGCAUCACAAAGUGCAUGUUGGUGCUGUCAGCUGACAGAGUAGAAGGGGCCCUGAAAUCUGCUGUGGUGGUCGCAGCCACUUCUAAUCAACAGUUGGUGUAUAUCCAGAAUGGAAUAGUAAAAGAAGUGUGUCCGCUGCCUUUUGAGGGACCAGAAGAUAUUCAUUUGGUCAAUGCUGGUGGGAAUGGCUGUCUGUUGGUUGUGUCCUUUCGCCGGGGACAUGUUUGCGCUGUGUGGAAGGAGACAUUUCAGAUUGCCUCCCACUGGUCAGGUGUCAGCUCUGUCCAUGUCGAUGACUUCCUGAGAUGUGGAACAGACCAGAUACUAUUGAUUUUUAAGGAUGGCAGUGUAACAGGGCAGCCACCGGAAAGUUUCCUUAUCACUGACCUCUGUGGUAUUUUAUAUUCUUGUGGACAGGACACUGGAGCUCCAAAGCAAUCUCCUGCACCAGAGAGUAACCUUCUUACUCUUCAAGCCUUGGAGUCCAGACUACAGAGUGGACUGACCGUUCUUCAGGAGCUUCGAGGAGAAGUGAGAGUGAAGCAAAGAGUCAUACAACAGUCCGUCCAAGCCUUGACUGAUGUAGUGUCAGACAGAGAACCUGUUCUCACACAGCCCGUGCAGGAAGGCCUCGUUGCUCUGUGGGAGUGUGAUGAUGAGUCAAAGGAUGAGCCCUCGGAUGAAAAGAUGCAAGACACGCCAGCAGUGUCCUCGAAACCUCGCAUUGACAAGCUGUGGCAUCGCAUCGCAGAGGACCGAAUAGUUGUGGGAUUGAUACUGACGACUGACAGCUCUGUACCAGCGGCCAGUCUGAGCUUAUCCAUCCUGACAGAGACGGGCCAGAGCUCAAUGCCCGCAGUCAUCCAGACUCAGAGCCAAGUGUUGUGCCUCCCCACACCCUGCCCCUCCUCCUCCUCCUCCACCUCCUUCUCAUCCUCUGCCUUCACAUUACCAGAGCCUGCAGCCAAAAGAAGCAAGCAGCACAAUGCCAGCACACCCAAUGAACUCACCACAUGCAAAAUGGCUGUGACUGCAGUGACCAGGCUGAGUCCUCUGCUGAACUCUGGCUGUGUCAAGUGCCAUGUCAUGCUUCAUUAUGUCCAGAGACAAGAUACUUUUUCUUUCAUGAGCAACCCAACACCAGUUGUCCUGCAUUGUGGUCAAGUAGCUGUGGAUAUCCACAGCGAUUUCCAAACCCAAUUGCUGAGACAACCCAAACUCAAAACAGACGAGGUUAAAGAAGACUUGCUGAGUUUGUUGAUACUGCUGGAUCGAUGGGUUUUCCACAUAGACUCACAUGAUCAGAGCUUAGGUGAUAUAGAUGGCUGGAUUCAGAAAAGCGUGGGUUGUGAGAGGAUAGAUGUGAGCCCUCAGUAUCUACUUUUAAAUUCUGCGACACCAUCUUCUGUCAUGCUUCUGCACUGGCAUCAGAUAAACCCUUUCCGCGGGGAACUGUCCGUCCACUCCAGCCAACUACAGACGCUUCAGUUCCUGGACUCUCUCUUGGCAUACCUCCCUGUGUCCUGUAUUGUCCAGCCUGCUAAAGGUACAAGAUGGCAACAUGCAGCUCAUAUAUUUUCUUUGGCACUGGAGAAAGAGGUGGUGUCACUCAGAGACUGCGUGUCAUCACUUCUGACAGAAACAGAGCAGGAGGAGGACAAAAAGUUUACUGGACACGGUGAAACCCCCGAGCCAACUUCUGUAGAGGGGCUACAGAGAUGUAGAGAGGUAUGGCAGCAGGACAAGAAGAGGAUUAGGAUGAUGUUGAGCCCCCUGGUGGAUAUGGGGAGGUAUCGUCAGCUGAUCCAAAGCGUGUGCAAAGUCCAACUGGAUGGAGACACGGCAGCUCUCUUAGAAAUACAAAGAGCUUUGCUCCAUUAAUCUGUAGUUAUUGCCAAAUGUCAUUGUAAAAUCUUUGUCUUCUCAUCGAGCAGUUGGUUUUACUGGGGGGGGAAGCCUGUGUGCCUUUAUGAUUGAUUGAAUGUUUUGUCAAGUGUAAUAACAGAUGAUAGGUUAUCAUAUCAUGUAUGUUCUGCACAUUUUACCCUUACUGAGGAAAGAGCUAUGCCUGUUGCUGACUCUUCUCUGAACCAAGCAUCUCUCCUGUCAGAAAACCUCUUGGGGUUCAUAUCUUCUUAGUGCCUGUUGCCACUGCCUAUUUUCCUGGGAUCACCUCCUGGGUUUCACAGCUUGAAUGUGACACUGAUGCAAUAGUGCAUCUCUGAUCAGCUUGUUCCUCUUGUUCAUGUCCCAUUAGAGCCGGUGUUCAAAAAGGCUCUUUAAGAUCCGUUUGUUGCCGUUGUGUGCUUUUCAUUAUGAGACGGAUACCACUUUCAUCCUUGAGUGAGAAACUCUUUGUGUUUAUAAAUUAAGACACAAAUAGACAGUAGUACAGAGGCUUAUACAUUUACUCAUGGGUAUAGUUAACUGAGGGCUUUUAGUGUUAUUUCCACACACUGAUCAGUUUGGGGUUUUUUUGCCUGUGAAAUGAUGUAAAGAACUCAGUAGCUGCACAGGCUGUCAAUGGGAAAUGCCAUUUGUCCAAGUAAACAUCAAAUCGCACUUAAAAGGGCCGAGUCUUUGCUGGGUACAUAAAGUCUGGCAGCUUCAGAAGUCGUGUUGACUGAAAUGGCUUUUUUGAGUUUUUUUCCUAUCCCAGAGGAGGGGGGGAGGAUAAACGAAGAUGUGCUUCUCUUUUUUUGGUUUGUUUGUUCCAGAAAUGUGUGUGUGUACAGUAUAGUACUCAUUCAUUCCAAGGAAAAAUCAACUCCCCCUCUUUUACACCUUUUAAUGUCCGUGCAAUGUCACACUGGACUCACUUCCUCAGUACUCCCUUAAGCAGAGCUGUAACAAAAUUACUUCAGCUUUAUCCAACAUGAUAUCGUAGUAUAUAAGCACUAUAAAACCAUGAAAAAUCUUUUUUUUAUGUUGUGAAAUCUCAUCUUUGCACCUCAGUUAGCUUUUUCUGUCCUCCCUGUUCUCCUCUCCAGCCGCCAUGCGGACUGGUUGCUCACAGAAACCCUUUUUCUUAUUACAGCUUCACACACAGAUUCAAAUCUCCCCCUCAGUCACAGACCUAUGUCACCGCUAGCAACAAAGAAGACUUGUGAAUCCCAUUUGGUAAAUAACACCAGUAAAUGGCCAGUGGCAAAGUCGAUCACAUGUGGAAAAAAAAGUCAUCUGUAUUGGUGUUCCCUCAGAGCCCCGACUGCCACCCAGUGUAAAAUAUAUGUUUUGUCAUGCCAUUAUUGCCUGUGAAGUUCUAUUAACUCUGAGUGGUGGAAGUAGGCUGCAGGGUUUCUAACCUUCUCGUCUUAAUGGGGAACGAAGAUGUCGUAGAAUAAUAAUGUCGCUGUUGUUGUGAAGCAUCUCAAGACAUUUAAACAAUUACGUCGAGAUGGGAUGUUUAUAUGACUUGCAGGCAAUUUGACCAAAUGUGACAAAUUGACAUAUUUGUUCUCUUGUAAAUGGAAUCCCAUUUCUGCCAGAAAAGGAAAAAUUAAUUUAGAAUAAAUGAGCUAAAUUAGAAUAUCUCAUUUUCAUUUACCAAAUGAAACAUUUAAAAUUUAAUUCUCCGCUAUUUUUUGUCAUGGCUAACUUUUCAUCUGUCAUACCCACGUUAAAAAUAAGUAAUACUGAUAUUGAUUUCUUAUUAUUGAUGGAUAAAUGAUACGCUACAUCUCCAGGAGGCAUCAUGUUAAAUCUGGUUCUAAUGUAAAUUGAUUAACCUCUUUGUUUACAUGUGAAUCAGAGCUUAGGCCUUCGAUAAUAUGAAGCUGAGUCAUCCAUUAAAGUGAAAGGAACUACGAA